AGAGACCUGGCUUCUUCUCUCAGUGGCUCCAGAAGGAACUGGAAAGAUGGUUGUGCUCCACUUGCUCGUUGUCUGUCUCUGUGCGGGACCGGUGCUGGUCCGAAGUGACGAUGUGGACCUUGGCAUCAUGCUGAGUCUAAUGGAGUCAAGGCUGAACGCCACCGAGGUCCAUGUGAAGGAACUGUCCCAAAAGGGUGAAGCACAAGCGCUGCAGAUCAGAGACCUAGAAGCCAAGCUGAAUGAGACCACUAAAGAACUGAAUGCACAGAUGUUCACCGUGUUUUCCCUGAAAAAACAAAUUAAAGACCAACCAAAGGUGGCGUUCUCAGCCUCAUUAGGAGGCAACGGAGCCAGAGGACCCUUUCUCCACAGCAAAGUCCUGGUGUACAGGGAUGUCAUUACCAACAUUGGCAAAGCUUACAACCCUGAAACAGGAAUCUUCACCGUGCCAGUCAAGGGCGUGUACUACAUCCGAUUCACGGCCAACGCCGAGACGGACCACUUGAUGAGCUCAGUGCUGUACAAGAAUGAUGAGCUGAUGCUGAUCGUGCACGAGCAGCCGUCCGGUGCCGGAAGCGACACGGCUUCCAACGGCGCCACCUUCCUGCUGGAAGAGGGAGACAAACUCUACAUGAGCCUGUGGGCCGAUACGCACAUCUGGGACAACGCCAACCGCCACAGCACCUUCAGCGGCUUCCUGCUCUUCCCCAUGUGAAGAGUAAAAGCUGCAGUGGAGCCACCGCCAGGCAGACGGCAGCAUUUCCAUAUCAAACAAUUAUCUAACUGAUAACAAACAUAGUCUAUCAAGGUAUUUCUGAUAGUUGUGGAAAUAAACCUCUUUGACUCUAA